AUGGCCGACCUCAACUCUUGGGAAGACGACCCCGCUGCUCAGGACGAGAACCUGUCUCGUCAGGCUCAGCAGCAGCUGAAUGUUAACCAGCAAAAUGCCGCCGCAGCGCAGGGCGCCUUCCGGCCUGGUGUCGCGUCCUUCCAGCCCGGUGCUCAAUCCUUCCAGCCAGGCCAGCCUUAUGGUGGCGGCUUCGCACCCCAGUACCAACAGCAGCAAUACUACCAGCAAGGCUAUUACCCCCAGUAUGGCCAGCAGCAAGGCUUCAGCCAAUACAACCAGUCGUACGGCGGCGGCUUCAGCCAAGGCUACAACCAGGGCUACGGCGCUGGAUAUCCUCAGUAUGGGCAGCAGAACCAGCAAGCUCCGCAGUCCCAGCAAGCUCCGGCUCCGCAAGCCGCCCCUACGGCGGCCCCGAAGGCGCCCGCUGCCGACAGCGCCGCCGCUCCCACGCCCGUCCCGAAGCCCGUGUUGACAAAGGAGGGAGGCACCAAAGUUCUGAGCAUUGGUGGCGAUACUUCUGCUCCCAAGCCAAAGGCCAAGGUGCUUUCGAUUGGAGGAACCGCGGCGCCCCCGAAGGAGAAGACCGACUCCAAGCCUGACGCCAAGGCUGAGGCGUCCACCAAGCCUGAAGCAGGCCAAAAGGCCACCGCAGCCAAGGCCAUCGAGAAGACAGGCGAGAAGGCCGGUAAAGCCGCAGCGACCGCCAAGACGUCCGGCAAGACGUCGCCAACACCCUCCUCUGGCCGCUCCAGCCCGUCUGGCCCGGGCGACAAGAAGGCUCAGCGGGACGUUGAUGCUGUCACGAAAGAGCAGGCUGCCGACGUCGAUGACGAGACUCUUAAGGAGAUUUACGGCAAGGAACACGUCAACAUCAUCUUCAUUGGCCACGUCGACGCUGGCAAAUCAACACUGGGUGGCUCUAUUCUGUGGAGCACCGGCAUGGUUGAUGAGAGAACCAUGGACAAAUACAAGAAGGAGGCUAAGGACCUGGGACGCGAGUCUUGGUACCUGUCCUGGGUCAUGGACUUGACCAAAGAGGAACGAUCGAAGGGCAAGACUGUUGAGGUUGGCCGCGGCUUUUUCGAGACGGAGAAACGCAGAUACAGCAUCUUGGACGCCCCUGGACACAAGACGUACGUCCCCAACAUGAUUGGCGGCGCGUCGCAGGCCGACGUCGGUAUCUUGGUUAUCUCAGCUCGAAAGGGUGAGUAUGAGACGGGUUUCGAACGAGGUGGCCAGACCCGCGAGCAUGCAAUGCUUGCGAAGACACAGGGUGUCAACAAACUAAUCGUCGUCAUCAACAAGAUGGACGACCCGACUGUCGAAUGGUCGCAUGAGCGCUAUCAGGAGUGCACGACGAAGCUCUCGCAGUUCCUCAAGGGCACCGGUUACAACCUGAAGACGGACGUCUAUUUCAUGCCUGUUGCUGCCCAGCAGUCCAUGAACAUCAAAGAACGUCUUCCCGAAGGCGUGGCCCCGUGGUGGAGCGGGCCUUCGCUGCUUGAGUAUCUCGACGACAUGAAGGCAUUGGAGCGCAAGCUCAACGCACCAUUCAUGAUGCCGGUCAACGCCAAGUAUCGCGACAUGGGCACCAUGGUCGAUGGCAAGAUCGAGGCUGGCGUGGUCAAGAAAGGUAUGAGUCUGGUCAUGAUGCCCCGCAAGCAAGCGGUCGAGGCUGCGGCCAUCUACGGCGAGCAGGAGGACGAGAUGCAGGUCCUCCAGUGUGGCGAUCAGGUGCGGAUGAGGCUCAAGGGUAUUGAAGAGGAGGACAUUCUGCCAGGAUUUGUGCUGUGCUCGCCGAAGCGGCUGGUGCAUUGCGUGGCCGAGUUUGAAGCCCAGAUCCGCAUCUUGGAGUUGAAGUCAAUCCUGACGUCCGGCUUCAACUGUGUGCUGCACGUUCACUCGGCGAUCGAGGAGGUCACGUUCGCGGCUCUCCUGCACAAGCUUCAGAAGGGAACCAACCGGAAGAGCAAGAACCCGCCGACGCACGCCAAAAAGGGAGACAGCAUCAUUGCCCGCAUGCAAGUGAUUGGUGGGGCCGGGUCCGUGUGCGUGGAGAAGUUCGAGGACUACCCUCAGAUGGGUCGCUUCACUCUGCGAGAUCAGGGACAAACUAUUGCAAUCGGCAAGAUCACGAAGCUCAUUACGGACGAGACGGCUGCCUAA